UAAUACGAGAAUCAUGUUUUUCAUUAUGAACAUAUUUAUCGUACACAUAAUUUUUAAUGAGCAACAAGCGGCAUCUCUUUUAGCCAUUCAUAAUCACAAUUUUACCUUCACAAAACAUUAAUUGUUAUCAUUAAAUUAAAUGCGAAAUUUUCUAAACAUAAUUCAUUUGAUUUCAUAUUUAGUUAUUCCCUAUUUUCUCCAAAUCAUCAGAUUUAUUUCACUUUCAAUAUCUAAUAUUUAUUCACUCUUAAUAAUGAUAUUUCUUAUAUUUAGGGGAGAGGGGAGGGAGAAUUACCCACACCGGAUACAACCGGACACUGUCAUUUUGGUAUUUUCAUGUGCGCAAUCUCGCGACGUGAAUGUUUGUUAAACAAUGAGUGUAUCGAGCCAGUACACGUGACAUUGCCGCGGAAGUCAACGGAUUAGAAGAAAAUAUCAAAAUGGCAGUGUCUUGUUUUACUUCGGUAAUUUCCCCAUUUUCCCCUACAUCUUUCGAGAUUUUGAGAAAAAAAAUCUCAUUGGAGUUUACAUAUCACAUAUUAAGACAAUAUUAAACCAAGCCUUUAAAGUAUUAGAGUCUGAGUAUAAUAUCUACAAGAGAUAAUAUUUACCAAUUAAAUUUUGACAAUAAAAUUUUCUUUUAAAUUAUCGGUAAUCACUUUAAAGGGGAUAAAAAGAUCGGUAAUAGCAAAAAAUAAGAAAACUUUGAUUUGUUCAUGAAGGCAUAGAAAUAAAUUGAAUUCGUAAUCUUUUUAUGAGCUACAUAUAAUGUGACAUAUGAAUAAGCUACUGCACAAAAUAUUGUAUUAAUAUAUGACUGCAGCCUGAAGCCCAAAUCACACUAGCGAUUGACAAUUGCGAUUGACAAUUGGCGAUUACUUUUUAAACCAAUCAGAGCAAAACAGUCGGUGGCUGCUUUGCUCUAAUUGGUUGAAAAGUAAUCGCCAAUCGUCAAUCGCAAUCGUCACUCGCUAAGUGUGAUUUGGGCUUGACCCAUCGUGCGAUGUAUAGCUAUGGUAAAAAAUACCUUGUGAACAAAAAUAUCGAAAUAUUUUUUUAAUUAAAAGAUAUUUAAAAUAUUUAUAACUACAAUCAACUUGACACUAUUAUUUAUUUACAUUUUACAUUUUAUAAUAAUAAAAAUAUACACUAUACUUCUCUAUCUUUUUGUAUUUUUUGUCGCCAUUUAGUUAAUUAUUAUCGGAUUUUUUAAAAUUUAAGUUCAUUCUAUAGUGAAAAGCUUCCAUAUGGUACAAUCAAUGAGUCAGUUAAAUAUGUCAAUUAGAUCACCUUCAAUCUAUGCAAAACCAUAAUUUACACCGCUCGAUGGGCCAAUUUCCAUAUAUAUUAAUAUUUUGUAAUUUAAAAAAUAGCUUCUUAUGUUAAUAUAAUUAUUAUAAUAGUACAUAUGUAUAGCUCAGAAAAAGAUUUUGUAUUCAAUUCAUUCCUGUUCUUAAUGUAACGAGUUGAAGUUUACCAAGUUUCCAUCAUUUCACAAAUUUUUCUACUCUUCUUUUAUUAUCGCUUUAAAAUAAUGAUUUUUUUGUAAUUUUUUUUUUAAUUUAAACUUUGAAAGAAAAAGUAGAUCAAAGGAAGAAAUUUGCAAAAGUUAUUAUUAAGGCAUAAAGUUUGCAAUAUUUUAAACACGUAUUCCUCCAAAUAAUAUUUUUCACAAUUGUUAACAUGAAAACUCAUGUAGUUUUAAUCCUAUUGGAUUAAAAUUUUUAGUAGAUACUUAUAGCACUUUCCUCUCUCGUCCAAACUACGAUCAACAAAAAUUCUAACUUUUUAAUUUUUACGUAAACAGUAACGUCAAAUAAUGACAAAUAACGUCUUAAAAAAAAGGAACAAAUUAAAUUUUUGUUCAAAAUUGCAAUUAAAAAAAAAAUUUUUUUCAUAACUUUCUAUAAAUUAAAUUUUUUAACUUGUUUAUAGUUCGAAAAAGAACUACAUACAGAUUAAAAUAUUCUUGGAAGUUUUUAUUUUUUAUCAUUUCUAUAUCUUAAAUCAUAGCAACAAUAAAACGGUAUUUUUUUUUACCCACUUAUACAGAUAUGCAAGUAAUUACCAAAAAUAUAUUUUAUAAUGCUGGAACAAACAUUUGUAAAAAAACUUUCAAAUAUCAAAUAAUAGAUAUAUCAAGUUCCAAUUUGUAGCCUUUAUAUAUUUUUUUCAAAAAAAUUCUUAAAAAUGAAUAUAAAGUUGGUAGUAAAAACGAGAAUACUCCUUUAAUAUUGUAUGUUCUGUAAAAUUGCUUUCUGAAAUAUUCGAAACAAAGUCGAUCAUAUAAUAAUUUAGUAAAAGUAAAAAAUUAAUAAAUUCUUGUCUAUCAUUGUAAUAUAGCUCUCUUGCUAUAAAUUAUAUUAAUAAAUUUGCUAAUUACUAAAUUUUUAGUCUUGUCGUAUGUAAGCAUGGUGGGAUAUUGCAUAUGGUUGUGCACACCAGAAAUUCUCAAUGUUUUAAUGCCCAUGAACGAAUCUCGUCCGCGGAGGCAACCCUUUAACGUUGAAUUCUUUUUAGAUGAAGAACGAUACUUUAUUCUCAUUCGUUCCCACAUGUGUUUUGUACUUCUAACCAUACCUAUAGUUUUCGUUUCGGGUUUCACUUUAUUUAUGACUCUCACACAACACGUUUGCGGAAUGUGCAAGUUAUUGGGGUCUCGCGCGGAACGUUUAUUUUCCAUUGUACAAGACAAGACGGGAUGCGAUUUAAUUAAGAAGUCACAAAUAAGAAACAAGAACAUGACCGUUUUUAUACAGCAGCAUUACAACAUUAUACAAUUUGUUGAUAUAAUCGAAACUUGUUACACAACACUGUUUUUAUCGGAUCUCACAGGAAUAAUGAUUAUGUUGAGUCUUACGUUAAUCCAGAUAUUAACUAUUUCUGAUAUCGAGGGCGCUAUUAGAUCUAUUGGUAUCUCUUGUGCAACAUUAUGUCAGUUAUUCGUAUGUUGUUACAUGGGACAAAAGAUAACGGAUGAAAGUUUGAGCGUAUAUGAGAAAAUGUAAGUAACAAAACAAAUUUCUUUUUAAUAAAAUAGUUAAAAAUAGAAGGUUAUCAAACUUGACAAAUAUUACUUCGUCUUUGUAUUGUAUCUUUUAAACAAAACCUUAAAAUCAAACUUUAAUUAUAAAAAAAAGAAAAAAUACUGAAUUUAUUUGCGCAGCGUUUUAAAUUUAUCUAAAAAUAUAUGUGGAAUAAUCUCAAAAUCUUUCUAAAUUCUUUGGAGUAAAAUUUUACUCUUCAGACUGAAAACUUUCUUUAAAAGAGUGAAAAAUCAGCCACUGUUUCUUAAAACUGGUUGAAUUUUCAUUCUCUUUUAGAGUAAGAUUCUACUCCAGAGAAUUUAGAAAGAUUCUAAACGUAUUAGUGAGAUAUUUAAAAAUUUGGUGUAUUAAUAAUGUUUACUUAUUGGAGAAAGAGGAAAAGAUGGGGGAAAGAGAAAGAGAAAUAAUAUUUAUUGUGCGCUCUGGGGCAAGUCUCCUCAAUAAAAAAGUACAAGAAAAGAAGGGAGAGAGAGAAUGUGAGAGAGUGAGCAGGGUUAUUAGUGAAGACAGAAAAAAAUAUUUCCUGAAUUUUUUGCGGUACUUUUUGGGAAAAAUUCCUUGACUGAAGCCAAAACGAAACACUUAAUAAAAAUU